GUGCAAACCAAAUCUCUUCAAGGUGUCUGUCGGAAGUUUGGAGUUCCUGAAUAUCAGAUUACAGCUUGUAUGCCAGCUGAAAAACGAAAACGGAGCAGUCUGGCACUAAAAGCUCUUAGUGAAUUUGCAUCGUUAGCAAUGGUUAGCACCGUCGGAAGCUUACCAAAUUUGGCAUCAAAGUCUGAGUUUUCGUCCGAUUCUUCUUCUUCCGAUGAUGACGAUGAUUCAAGUGACCAACACAAAGGAAUCGAUAGAAGUGUUUCCACUGACAGUGCCUUCUCGCAGACUGACAGUCUUUUCUCAACGGUUUCUUACCAAUCCGACACACCAAAUAACAAUAUCAGGAACAACUUAAGCUACUCUCACCAAACUCUGGGAGAUUCUUCUUCCUUACCAACUUACGAAGAUGCUAUGACAUCGGUUUAUAAAUCAGAUGAUAUCCAAUCAAAGAAUCAACAUACCAAAUUAUAGACAUGGCGUAUGUCAUUUCUUCAUUUCUUCUCUUGUUUU